GCCCCUGUCCCGUGGCCCCGCCCCUCSCGCGCGCUCCCGGUGCUGACGCGGCAGCGGCGCUGGGGCCGGGCCGGAGCGGAGCGGGGCCAGCAGAGCGCGGACAUGGUGGCCAAGCAGCGCAUCCGCAUGGCCAACGAGAAACACAGCAAGAACAUCACCCAGCGCGGCAACGUGGCCAAGACCUCGAGAACGGCCCCGGAGGAGAAGGCGUCGGUCGGGCCCUGGCUGCUGGCGCUCUUCAUCUUCGUGGUGUGCGGAUCAGCGAUUUUCCAGAUCAUCCAGAGCAUCCGGAUGGGGAUGUGAGCGGGGGCCGCGUCCCCGGUGUCCCAAUCCCGGUCCCUUCCCGAGUCAUUCCGAGCUCUCGGCCCGUGCCGCAGUGCCUUCAGCAGCACCACACCUGGAAAGCAAUAAAACCUGUUGUUGUUGUUGUUGUUGUUGUUGUUGAGCUCCGCUCCUGGGCUGGUUCUGGCUCAAGAUCCCCGGCUGAGCUCAGCACCCGCGGGAACAACGUCGCUGUCACCCCGAGCCAAAGCGGGGCCACCGAGGCUGCAAA